AUGGCGCAAAACUUAACUGAUCCAUCAAACGAGAAUUUCUCUAGGACCCCCAAGUUUGAGGUGGCAAUCGCUGGAGGAGGAAUCGCAGGACUUAUUACUGCCAUCGCUUUGCUCAAACAUCCGGGAGUUAGCGUCCAGAUCUAUGAGCGCGCCAAGGAGUUUAAAGAGAUCGGUGCCAGUAUUGGGCUUGGUCCUAAUGGGCUCAGAUCUCUCGAGAAACUAGGUGUCGAGAAUGCCUUCUCCGAGGAUGUGUGCGCGCGACAAGAGUCAGCCUGGCCCAUGAUCUACCGACACUGGAAAACGGAAGAAAUCAUUGACCACGACGUGCACAAAACAGUCGAAGAGAAGAGACACUUCACAGCUCGAUUCCAUCGUGCGCACCUACACCAAGCUCUGCUUGAAAACAUCCCCAAGGACCUCAUUCAUCUUAACAAAAAAACUGUUGAUGUUACAACGAAUCCAGACAAAGGCGCAACACUCUAUUUCGAAGACGGGACAUCCGCAGAGGCAGAUAUUUGCAUUGGCGCGGAUGGCAUUCACUCCAAUGUUCGGAAGACAUUCGUGCCAACGCACACACUCCACUGGACUGGAUGGGUGGCGCUUCGCGCGACAUUUGAGGCAUCUCGGCUCAAGGAUCUUGACUAUCCUAAGGAUGCCGCGCAUUGGAUCGGGCAUGAUAGAAACUUCUUUCAUUCUCAUCUAGGGAAGGGCCUUUUCACUACUGUCGGCGGCUUCCACGCGGAUCCUUCUGAUCCAAACGCUCAAGGCCACGAUGCAAAAUGGGAUGAUGUCGGGAGCUUGGAUGAGUUUAAACAGCUGUACAAGGACUGGAAUCCCACCGUACGGGCUUUCAUUGAAGCGUCUCCGUAUGUUAGGCUCUUUCCAAACUUCGCGGGCAGUGCUCUAGAAACAUGGUCAUUCGAUAGCCGCGUUACACUCGUUGGCGACGCCGCACAUACACAUGGCGGCGCUUUCGCUGCUGGCGGAUCACUUGCGAUAGAUGAUGCGUAUGCCCUUCAUCUUGCACUCAAUCACGUCUGGCCAUCUUCGCCCUCCCAAAAAGACAAGCCUACAAAGGAGCAGAUCGGAGAGAUAUUUCGAAUCUACGAGGCGACGCGAAAACCUCACAUUAACAAGCUUCUGGGUGUUGUGCACAAUUCCCUAGCAGGGCAGAAAACUACUGUCGAGAGAGGCAAGACUGAGACGGAUGAACAGCUAAGGAAUCGAGUCUUGCAACGGAUGGAUCCAUGGUGGAUCGGGGAGCACGAUGUUGAUGGCGCAUUUCGGGCCGUCGUUGAGAGCAUUGAGACUGUGCAGGGAGAGCAAGUGGGAUCCCGGUCUAGACUUUAG